CAAAAAUUUGCUUUUAUCUAUAAGGUGCAAGCCCAUGACAAUGGAGGAAAACAAAGAAGAAAUUCAUGUGCUAAUGGUUGCUUUCUCUGCUCAAGGUCACAUAAAUCCCAUGCUUAGUCUAGCCAAACGCUUGAUCUCUAAAGGUCUUCAUGUCACACUUGCCACCACUGAAUUUGCCCGCCACCGCAUGCUCAAGUCAUCAACACUCAACUCCUCCACCACAACCUCGAUCACAAUCUCUGGAGUCCAAAUUCUCUUCUUCUCCGAUGGCCUAAGCCUGGACUACGACCGCAAGUCCAACAUAGACAACUAUAUGGAGUCCUUAGCAAACUUUGGACCCGUUAAUCUCACCAAUCUUAUCAAAGAUUAUUACUCCGAGAAUGGUCACAAGAAGCUGGCUUGUAUCAUAAACAAUCCCUUUGUCCCGUGGGCAAUCAAUGUCGCCGCCGAUCUUGGAAUCCCUUGUGCCAUGCUCUGGAUACAACCAUGUGCACUUUACGCCAUUUAUUAUCGCUUCUACAAUAACCUUAACUCGUUCCCUACCUUGACAAACCCUGAAAUGAGUGUUGAGUUGCCAGGCCUGCCAUUGUUGCGCACAGAAGACUUGCCUUCUUUUGUUCUUCCUUCAAAUCCAUUUGGUAGCUUCCCUAAAUUAUUGGCUGAAAUGUUCGUCAACUUGAAGAAGUACAAAAUGGUUUUUGGGAACUCUUUCUUUGAGCUAGAAAACGAUGUUAUUGAGUCCAUGGCUGAGCACUUCCCGAUUCGUCCCGUCGGUCCUCUUGUCCCUCCAUCACUACUCGGCGAAGACGACGACCAGGACAUGGGUGUUGAGAUGUGGAAAGCAGAAGAUACGUGCCUUGAAUGGUUAAAUAAGCAAGAACCUUCUUCAGUUAUAUACGUAUCUUUUGGAAGUGUCAUUGUUUUAUCUGCCAAACAAAUGGGGAGCAUAGCAAAAGCCUUAAAAAACUCUAAGCAUCCAUUUUUAUGGGUGGUUAAGCAACCAGACAUUCCAGCUGGGGAGGGACAGCUUCCAUUAGGAUUCUUGGAGGAGACAAAAGAUCAAGGGCUUGUUGUUUCAUGGUCUCCACAAACCAAGGUUCUGACAAAACCAGCAAUUGCUUGCUUUGUAACACACUGUGGCUGGAAUUCUCUCCUUGAAACUAUAGCUUCCGGCGUGCCGGUGAUCGCAUACCCUCAGUGGACCGACCAGCCAACAAAUGCAAAGCUUAUUGUUGAUGUUUUCCGUAUAGGUCUAAGGCUUAGGGCGAACCAAGAUGGGAGUAUUAGCGACGGUGAAAUUGAAAGAUGCAUAAUGGAGAUUAUGGAUGGACCAAAAGCUGAGGAGCUCAAAGCCAAUGCAAAGGAGCUGAAACGGGCAGCGAGGGAAGCGGUGGCCUGCGGUGGCUUGUCGGAUCGGAAUAUUCAACUGUUUGUUCACGAGAUUAGUGGUCGAAGAUGCUCAGAUGCAACUCCAUAAAAUGUUGUGCGAAUAAUAAUUGUAUAAGGAUAAAGAAAAAGUUCCACAUGCUCUGAUUCGUCGUUUUGUGAUAAGAUGUAGGGUCAAUGUUAAUUUUAUGAUUAUUAGAAAAAAAAAGAAAGAAGGUAAUACUCAUAAUUAUGAAAUAAAUAAUUCGAUAAUCUUAUCA